AAUUUCCCUUCUCUUCCGCCGCUCCUGCUCCACUCCACUCCACAGAGGACACGCGCCGCCCCAAAACCCUCAUCCCCACCGCGGCGCUUCCGGCGACGGCCAUGGACACCCGGGUGCCGCCCGUUCCCAUGGAUCCGGCGACGGCGGUGAUGUUCCGGCUCGACGGCCAGGACCCGGACGAGAUGGAAGCCCUCUUCGCCCGCGUGCUCUCCUACACCCACUACGCCCUCCCGGACCCGCCCGUCUCCGUCGACGCUCGCCUCUUCGGUCUCCUCCCCCACCACUCCGUCGACGGCUUCAGCCGCCUUCCCGACGUGCUCCUCCGCAACAUCGUCUCUCGCCUCCCAGUCAAGGAAGGCGCGCGCACCGCGGUGCUCUCCCGGCGCUGGCGCGGGGUCUGGCGCUCUGCCCCGCUCGUCCUCGUCGAUUCUCACAUCCUCCCCGCAGCCGCAGCCACCGCGGCCGCGCGUGGCGACGCGCGGCGCAUCACCUCUGCUGUGUCCCGCAUCCUCGCCGCGCACCCGGGACCCUUCCGCUGCGUCCACCUCACCAGCAGCCACAUGGAAGAGUUCCAUGGCCUGCUCACGCGCUGGCUCCGCAUCCUCGCCAACAAGGGGAUCCAGGAACUCGUCCUCGUCAAUCGCCCUUGGCCGCUCGACCUCGUUCUCCCCUCCACCUUCUUAGGCAUGACCACCCUCACCCGCCUCUACCUCGGCCUCUGGAAGUUCCCCGACACGGCCGGCAUCCCGAGCGCCACCUGUCUCCCUAACCUCCUUGAGCUCGGGCUCUGCAGCCUCAUCAUGGAGAGCAAGGAUCUGGACUUCAUCCUCGACAGGAGCCCCGUGCUGGAGACGCUUUAUAUCCAUGGUAAUCUUUUCAAGCUUAGUCUUCGCCUUGUCAGCCAAAGCCUCCGGUGCGUGAAGAUCCUCAUGUCCUCCUUUGAAGAAAUCGCUGUGGUGGACGCCCCGCGCCUUGAGAGACUCAUCCUAACAGGAUGUUGGAGCCGCGGCGGGGUUUGCACCAAGGUGAAGAUCGGUUAUGCCCCCAAGUUGCACUCGUUGGGAUACUUGGAUUCAGGAAGUCAUGACCUAGAGUUCGGCAACACCGUCAUCAAGGCUGGGACAAAGGUGAGCCCAAGCACCAUGGUACCAAGUGUGAGGGUCCUGGCUUUGGAGGUGCGUUGUGGAGUCCGCAAUGAUGUCAAGAUGAUCCCGACUGUCCUCAGAUGCUUUCCCAAUGUUGAGACGCUCCACAUCAUGUCUGGAAAAACUGGUCAACCCUCUGGCAAGCACAACCUCAAGUUCUGGAAUGAGUCUGGUACCAUAGAAUGCAUCAGCUCGCGCAUCAACCUGCUGGUUUUCCAUGAUUUCCGAGGGGAUCGGAGUGAGCUUGCUUUUCUCAAGUUUUUCUUUGAGAGUGCGCUGGUGCUGAAGCAUGUGGUGAUAGUGUUGGCCAAUGCAUGGUUCACUUCGAUGGAGGAUAUGCAUUCCAAAGUGAAUCCUCUGCGGUCCAUGAAACGGGCCAGUGCAGGCUCCAAAAUCAUGGUCACUGGGUGUUCUGAUGCUGAAGAUGGUGGCAUGGGGAACUUCAAGAGAGCACCGGGUAGUUCUAUUGGCGACCCUUUCGUGAACUUCUGAAGUGAAAGGUGCAUGUUUACUUUAUCUUUACUAGCUCUGGAAGUUGUUGUGUUCUGUAGUCGCAGUUUGGACAUGCACUAUUUUCAGAGUUUUUUGUAUGAUCCGCACGGACUCUUGUUUCUGCGAACAUGAUUUGUUACCGUCUUCGUUGAUGCAAAUGGCUACCAUUCUGUCGGAAAUGCUGUUUUUUCAGUUGGCAA